AUCUUUUUCUUGUUUCUUUAAUCUAUUACAGUUUUUUCACAAAUACAAUAUUCUAAUUAUACCAUUUUCUCACAUAACUAUCAAUUGCUUACUAUAUCCUUUUUCUAACCAAUGGUAACAUUGAUCCCAUAUCUUAAAGUAUUCUGAAUCCUCCCUUUUUUUGAUCAUCAGAGUUAAUCUAUUCAUUUCUGCACAAUCUAUUUUUUUUUUAAUAACUUCUCCUUCCUGGGAUAUUUUCUCUGUUUUCCAAUUUUCGGCCAAAACAAUUUUUGCUGCUGUUCUUACAUGUAUAAUCAAAUAGAUAUUUUCUUUACUGGUUUUCUCUGGGAGGAUCCCCAAUAAGAACAGCUCCGGUUUUAAGUCAAUGUGUUGCUGAGUCAUUUCUUCUAAACAUACCUUUAUUUUAGUCCAAUAAUUUUUAGCUUCUGAGCAUGUCCACCACAUAUGAUAAUAAGAUCCUGGUAACUGGUGACAUUUCCAACAUUUAGUUCCCUGUGUCUCCUUCGUAGUUGAUGCUCGGGCAUGUUUCGGCCGUUGUUUACAGUUGGGGAAGGUCAUUCAAACAUCCAGGUUCUACAACUGCCCGGCUCAAGGAAGCGACUGUGCAGUGAACAGUCGUACAGCAAUUUGAAAGGGAUUAUGAUUUUUCCAAAGAAGUUGCUCAUAACGGUAAGUCCCCUGUGCAUCUAAUCAGUUAAGAUAAAAUAACUGAUCCCCUAAUAUAUCUCUACACAGGUGAUAGUUAACAAAUAUAUUAUGGAGAUUAGAAAGCACGCCACAAUGCAAAUAUUCCCAUGUGAGAAAGUCUCCGGAAGAAAUUUAUGGUAAAUACUUCUCUUUUUUUCUGAGAAACAUCUCAGAGUUUCACCACUGGAAGAGUUGACUUGGUCCUGUGAGGAGGACACAGCUCUGCACCCAAGGAUAUUGGCGCAAGAGGGCUGCCCAGAGUUCCUGUGUCCAGACGGUUCCUCCAUUGUCCACCAAGAUGGUCCUCCUUCCUUCCCUUCUUCUUGUCCUCAUCUGCCUGUCGGGAUCCUUCGGCCAAAAAGAUCUCUGGAACAAAGUCUUUGCAUUCCCAAGAUCGUCUUCCACAGCCACCGUGGUUCUCCAUGUCUCCAACCAGCAACCCUUGACCAAGCUGACCAUCUGCUUGAGAUACUACACCCUCCUGGCCCGUCCGUACGGCCUCUUCUCUUACGCCACCCGCUCCAGCGACAACGAUAUCCUGAUCUUCAAGGACCAACCCAAUGAAUAUUCCAUUUACAUUGGUGGUUCAGUGUCAAAUUUCAAGGUCGCUUCAAAGGAGAAACCGAGCUGGGAGCACAUCUGCGUGUCCUGGGACUCCAGCAACGGGCUUGUCCAGUUGUGGCUGAACGGAGAACCCCUCCCUCGACAGGGACUGAAAAAGGGUUACAGCAUCAGCCCCGAGGCCUCCAUCGUGGUGGGGCAGGACCAGGAUGACUUCGGAGGGGGCUUUGACAUCAACCAGUCCUUCGUGGGGGAGAUUACGGAUGUCAUCCUGUGGCCCCGGGUGCUGAGCCCUGUUGAGAUCAGAAUGGUCAGGAACAAGAUUGAUCCCCGUGACCCUGUGAUUAAUUGGAGGUCCCUGAGCUACACCAUCAAGAACGAUGUCUUUGUGGAGGAUUUCCUGGCUCCCCAAAACUCCUGCGUCUGA